AUGAGCAACAACAGCAAGUCAUGGACUUUCCUCACUGCUCUUCAUUCAGGCGCUGGGCCCGUGGUGAUGUUGAUGUAUCCAUUGUACGCAUCGGUGGUGGCGAUGGAGAGUUCAACGAAAGUAGACGAUGAACAGUGGCUUGCCUACUGGAUCAUCUACUCGUUCCUCACACUCACGGAAAUGAUUCUGCAGUCGCUUUUGGAGUGGAUUCCGAUCUGGUAUACGGUGAAGCUUGUGUUCAUCGCCUGGUUGGUUCUACCGCAGUUCCAAGGCGCAGCUUUCAUCUACAACCGUUUGGUUAGAGAACAGUUCAAGAAACACGGCGUCUUUGGCUCCUCCUCCAGCUCCAAGCACGGCAAGCCUAACAUCCUCCAGUCCAUUUUCCCCCACCGGGAGGGACACGAGACGCAUUCUCACUGA